AUGAUGCACAGUGGCAUUGAAUACGGGAAUGCAAAUGACUCUAGCACCACGGAGACGAGUUCAGUGCGAAUGUUCUCACCGGCACAUGGACGACGAACCUCGCUCCAUCCUUCCACACCUGAUCAUUCAGCAGAAAAGGAUGAAAAGUUGCCUCGACUCCACGACACCUCGUGGAUUGGAGCCAGAGUUUCGCCUAUUCCAAGUUAUGAUGAUGACGAAGAAAAUGAUCAAGUCACUGCCCGGUACAAACGAGCAUUGAAUGAGUCUACUGCCGCCUUUGUCAGUCCAGAAGCGAACGAAUCCACGUCUCUUUUGCGACAGUUGCGUGAUCCAUCAGAACGACGAAAUAUAAGGUUGCAUUUACAUCCUCUUUGGGAUCCAAAUCAAGACUCGCUGCUUUUGGAGCAAAAGAAAAUAGCUAGAACGUCUCCAAGCUAUCGAUUAGGGAAAGUAGUUGUAUUUUCUACUGGCAUAUUCUUGGGACUGAUUGGUUUGCAUGAUGCCUAUCUUUGGUACUUGUCUGUGCGAAAGGGAAAAGAACUGACGUAUCCAGUGACCUGGACCUUACCUUGGUUGGCUCCGUCCAGUAGAACACUUCUGCGUUUUGGGGCAUACUCUCCGCAGCUAGUUGUUCAAAAUGGAGAGUUUUGGAGAGUUGUCAUUUCAUGGUUUGCCGCGACAUCCUUUCUGGAUUGGAUGACGAUAGCAUGGGGAUGGUAUUGCGUACGAUUCUUUUCUACUGGAAUGGUUGUGCUACCGCUAUACAUCGCUUGCUGUCUGACAGGACAACUUUGGAUGGCAGCCUUUGAUACUGAAGGAGUGUCAGGAACCGCAUCUUGGGGUACAUCAGGGAUACUUUGUGCCGUUGGGGUGGCGCGACCAGAUCGAAGAUUUAUCUUGUUCUUGUCUGUCAUUGUUGCAGUCGUUGCAAGUGCUAUUCAACCAUCUAGCUCGGUCUAUGGUGAAAUUGGCGGUAGUUUUUUUGGCUGGGCAUUCAACUCAGUUGGGUUGGCGCUUUCCAAAUUUCAAGAACCAAGGAAGGAUGAUGAUGAAAAGGAGAAAGAACUAAACUUCUUCGCAGCAGCUGUCCUGGUCGGAUUGUGGAUCGUGCCAAUCGCAUACGUCCUACAUGUAACAGCAGAUCAAUAA